UAAAGCAAGUCAUUGAUUUCUUAAAAAAAAAUAAAAAUCAUUUUGGAAUUUCAAUUUUCUCAUUUUCAAAAUUUUCCGUGCUCAGUAAAAUCAAAAGAAUGGGCUUAUUCAGAAGUCGAUCAAAAUCUAAAAACCGCGAUUCCAAGUCAAAAACUCGCGAUUCUAAGUCAAAGUCAAGAAAUCGGGGUUCCACACCAACCACAAAGACUACAAAAUCCUUGUGCUGCUGUAAAUCACCAGUAUCAGGAACCAUUUCAUCAAGAUGUCUGCAAUCCACAUGUUCUGGAAGAAACAGAUCAUGUUGUAGACCAACAACACCUUGUAGACCAUGCACUCCAAUCACAUGCUGUAGACCAACUUGUUCCUGUGUAAGUUGUAACUGUCAAAAGAACAAGAAAGUUAGCAGCAAAAACAAGGAAAGUAAAAAGGAUGUAAAAUGUUCAAGGAUUGGAUGCAGUGAGAAGAUGCCAUGUGUUUCAUGCUGUAGAAUUGGACCAGAAAAGACAAAGCAUCCAGCUAUUUGCAAAAAAUGUAAAUUAUACGAAUGUCAAUGUAAAGUAAAGAAAACAAAGAAAUCCAAAUGAAAAUAAUAAAAAUUUGAC